AUGGAGACACUUCUCAUGGGCCCCUCUGCACCAAUCAACCUCCUCUGCCAGAAUCAAGAAGCCCUGGAUGAGCUAUCUAGACAUCACCUGGUCAAACCUGUUCUGGAAAGGACAAGGAGAAUACUGGCACAGAACCAGGUGACCCCUGCAGGGAGCCUUGCACAGGGAGCACUCAAUAAUCAUCAGACACCAAGCGCCAGGAGGCAUUUGAAAGAUGAAGGGUCCUCCCCCAAGGUGCGCAUAAGCAGCGGCACUCACCCAGGGCAUUCUCACCCCGCGGACAGACGCCCCUCGGGGGUGCAGAUCAGAGUGCUGCAGGAGGGGGCGCUGGCUGGUGCCAAGCCCUCCGAGGAGCAGCACAGCCCACAAGGCCUAGGCAACAGACAAGUGGCUUUGGGGGCUUCCAAUGCCAGGAGUCGGGGGCGGGCAGCUAAAGUCGCCGAGCCCUGUUUCCCGUCAUCCAGGGGCACUAAGCCUUCCCGCAAAGUAGCUUCGCGGACAGGGGGUCUGACGUCUGCACGUGGCCGGCUCAGCACAGCGGCGGCCGAGGGCGCUGUUCAUCCGCCAGUGUCUUUCCCGAGGACACGUGAAUCCCAGGGGGCUCACUCCAGCAAAGGGGACGAGGCACUGCACCAGGGACCGGGCCUGAUCUCUCUGGCCGCCUUCCCUGGGGCCUCAGUUUUCCCCGAUGGUGAGAGUGGCGAAGACCACGCGCCCUGCUGUGGACUCACCCGGCGCCCUGGCGUCGAGUGGCGGCGGAGACCUGACAGACGGCGCGGGAAAUAUCAAGAUGUCUGCAGAUUUCGAGCGAUGGGGUGCGGUGGCUUGCGAUGGUAUGCGAUGGCGUGCGAUGGCGAGGGACGGCGAAAGACCGAGGCCACACGACUAGGAAGCUACACUGGUUUCGCGCCGGCGGAAAUACAGAUGAGAGCGCGAACUGCGGCCUAGAGCGGAAGGAAACAAGGCGAGCAGCCCUGCAGCGUCCCCUGGCGGAGUCGAGCUCAACUCCGGACUCUGGAGGACUUGGGAUAAAUUUCGAAAACAGCCUGAAAGUUUAGAAGUAAUCUUCUCCCUCUUGCUUUGCUUUUCUGUUUGUUCUGAAGAUGUUCCUUGGUCACUGACUCUUAUUAAUCUGUAGGAAUGGCCAAUUUUCCAUCAUAGGAGCUGUUACUACGAUGAGGGGACUGUGCUUAGUUUGAACUUCUUUCUGCAAGGGUUCAGAGGCGCCUGUCUUUGAUUCACCACUGUACUCACUACCCAGUUCAGUGGCUAGCACCGUUGAAUGAAUGAAUUCUACCCCCACCCCAUUCAUUUUUUUCUGGACAAUGUCAGACCGAGAUGACUGAGUCAUGGUCAGAGACUGGAAUGUGAGGGUGAGAAGAUGAGCCAAGAGAGGAGGACAGCGAGUAACUGCUUUGCUAAACUCCAGCCUCAAAGUACACGGGGUGGAGGGUGCAAAGAGUCUCUGAACUUGAAGAUUUGCAUUUGAGGAACUUGAUCAGAUUUGCACAGUGACGGAGACUAUAGACAGAUGUCCCAUGUUCUCUGCAGCAUACUGGAGACAAUCUUGGGAGGGGACUUAAUGGCUCACAAAUUCUCAUAAGCACUGGCACUGUCUGCAUCCUGGGCAGGGUGUGCCUCUUGGGCCUGAGACAGCCCUGCUACUGACUCUGCCCAUGUUCUGGAGUGCAAGCAGCCCACCCUUGGGCCUGAUGAGGAGCCCACACACUCCGCUCCAGUCAGAUUCUUGGUACUCAAUAGGUCAGAAGGACAAGAACAUCCAGGCCUGACCUAUGCGAUCGUGAGGGAAAAGGGGGUCCUUGAGGUGAGAUCUGCUACAUAUUUUGUACCUGGGAGAGGCCUAUGGGAUCCCAAGACUGUAAGAACAUUGGGAGUCUCUGUGAUGGGGAGGGGCUGUGGGAUGCUGCUAUGGUUUGGCUGUGACCCCACCUAAAUCUCAUCUAGAACUGUACUUCCCAAAAUUCCCACCUGUCGUGGGAGGUAAUUGAAUCAUGGGGGCAGUUACCUCCAUGCUGCUGUUCUUGUAAUAGUGAGUUCUCAUGAGAUCUGAUGGUUUUAUAAGGGGCUUUUCCCCCUUUUGCUCUAUACUUCUCCUUGCUGCCACCAUGUGAAGAAAGACGUGUUUGCUUUCCCUUCCACCAUGAUUGUAAGUUUCCUGAGAUCUCCACAGCCAUGCUGAACUGUGAGUCAAUUAAACCUCUUUC